GAUUCUCAAAUAUCUCCUAGCGAUGCGCCAUCUAUUGCCUUAAAAUGAAUGAGCAAGCCUCGGUUAGCUCGCACUUCUGGUUCCAGUUUAGUUCAGUGAGCAUCCAGAGGCCACGUAUAAACUAAAAUAAUGGCUGAUCUCAAUCCCAGAGACGUUGAAAAGGCGGAAUUCGCUUUCUCCAUUUAUGAUGCCGACGGCAGCAACGUUAUCGACGCAGUUGAUCUUGGUAAUGUUCUUCGCGCACUGAGCUUGAACCCAACCAAUGCUACCAUCGAAAAGAUGGGUGGUACGAAGAAGAGAGGUGAAAAGACCAUGACACUCGAAGAAUUCCUGCCAAUCUUCAGCCAAGUCAAAAAGGACAAGGAACAGGGUUGCUACGAAGACUUCAUUGAAUGUCUGAAAUUAUACGACAAACAGGAAAACGGCACAAUGCUGGGAGCAGAACUUUCUCACAUUCUGUUGUCUUUAGGUGAGCGUUUGGAAGACCACGAAGUCGAAAUCGUUCUGAAAGAAUGUAUGGACCCAGAAGAUGAAGACGGUUUCAUCCCAUAUGCACCAUUUGUCAAGAAACUAAUGUCGUAAGCUGGAAUAUUCACCAACGGAUGGAUCGCCUAGCCGUUUCUCAAACGGCUGUGCGAUAGAGCCGGGGGUGAAGAAUAAAUAGAAAAUUGAAGAACUCUACGCGAUUUGUUCACACUGAACAUCUUCGUGAAUGAUCAUCUGCACUAUCACCGACUUCUCGUUGCCUGCAAGGCAUUCUGGGACAUAUAAAAACACGGAUCAGCAUUUCAAAGCAGCAAAAAUUAUUUUAUCAAAGAAAACAGUGGUGCAUGACUUUUUAAAAUAUUUAUCUGUUUUGUCAUUAUGAAUCGACAACAUAUCACAUUUCAAUCUAUUUAUUGUUGAUCAAUAUUGUUUAAUACUACACAACAAUUUGUUUUAUUUCGUUCAUACUACUUGUUCUAAAAUCACCGCUAUUUCAGCUAAAAAUUGUUAUAACAAUAUACUCAACUAAAUAAGACAAUAUACUAUUUUAUGUAUUACUUUAAUAAAUUAUCAACAUAGACUCACUU